AUGGCUUUUCCAUACUUUUGGAACAAUAACACACAUAGUUUAUCAGCACUGGAAACCGGCAUCACCGUAACAGAUAUGACUGCGGAAGUGCCAAGUGCGCUGAAAACUGCAUCAGUUCUUAAACUGGAUAGUUUGCUGGAAGUAGACUGCCUUACAACUACCGAUAAGGUAAAAUCAGUGCAGGAUAACGUGCUAGUGUUAACAAAGCGAAACUGA